UUUAACUUUGUACCAACGUGAGGUCUAACCCCUCCUAAAUGAGAGUAAUAGAUGCUGAAAGUGACGAACAAUUUUAACAUUUUGUAUUAUGUGCUUGUUCUGUAAGUGUAGUUUUGAAGAAAACAUUUUACUUGUAACCUAUGCUUUGGAAAAUUAUUCACUAUAUGGAACGAUUUACAAUCUUUCCUAGUAAUAAUUUUGUUUUCAUUCAGGUAUUUAUUUAUUUCUGAGUGGCCAUAAAACCUCAUUCUCGUAGCCGCUAGAAAAAUACUCUUCAGAAUGGCCAGCUCUAACUCUGAUGAUCGCAAUAUUUUCGUCUCGCCGUUUUUGAAUUUUGACCCAUCUAUUUUGGUCUCGAAUCCCGAAGAGCAGUUCAUCUUUCCCGAAGGGGAGAAACGUCGAGGUCGCUUUGAGCGAUCGUUUUCCGAAAUCGGAGCUAUGGUUAUUGGGGGUGCAUCUGUUGGGGGGAUCAAAGGAUUAUACAGCGGUUUUAAAGAUUCAGAAAUAAAGAAUCUUCCGACACUUGCUAUCAGACGAACUCAAAUGCUGAAUCAUCUUACUAAAUCCGGAGCAACACUUGCUCAGACUGCAGGUUCGAUAGGGUUUAUAUAUGCUGUGGCAGAUUUCUUGAUCUACAAAUUACGUGGUAAUGCAGAAGAUGAGAUAAAUACAAUGGCAGCAGCUACGACUACCGGUUUAGUAUAUACUUCUCCUGGUGCUUUUUAUACGUCACUUGCUUUAUUUGGUCAUUUUCAUCGUACCACAGAGACGUCUGCGAUAACAUUCUAACCCUUAUUGUUUCUGGGAAAAUAACAUCACAUUAAAUUCGGAGCACCACUCGUUGUAGUUGUAACGCUAACUCUAGAAGUCACCAGCGAAUUCAGCUGAUAGUUUGCAACUAGUUAUUAAAUCCCCAAUUAUGGCGUUCUAACCAGCUGACAUAAAAUUGAGAACAAUGACCCAUUUCAUCCAGGUUCUCUUGUUCUGAAACACCAUGCUAACAAACAUUAUAGUAGAUAUGUAUAUAACUAUACCUUGUUUGUUUAGUGCAUAAUCAAGAAAUUGCGUCGUUCAACUAUUGUUGUUCUCUUCAGUUGAAUACAUUGACGACAUUCCGUUUAUUUACAGACAUUUUGUAAGAAAUUGAAAGUGCGUUUCUUACAACGAAAUUUUAGGAAAUAACUUUUACUUCAAACUAUAAGCUGCCAAGAUUUGUUGAAACCACACCAGAUCAGAUGUGAAAGUUCAUAGGUUUCAGACAAAACAUGUCAGUGAAACGUAUUUAUCUAAUAGUUUCAACACCAACCAUUUUGUAAUUGAGUUGUUUUCCUUCUUAAAAUUAUGUGUAACCGUUUUCAACCUAUCUGCUUAGGACCCAGCAGUUUCCACUAAUUUACAGGCUCGCCUCAGAGCUUGUAUUAUGUAAGCAUAUCAUGUAAUCACAAUAAUUCGAAAAUGUUCACGUAAUACAUUAGUUUCAUCUGGUACGUAUCAGAACAUUACGAAGGAAAUGAUCCGAAAUUGACCCUAAAUUAAGAAAUAAGUCUACAAGGAAAGAUACUAAAAGGUCAUGUAACGCUUACAAUUCUGAAGAUAGAAUAAACGAACUUAUGGGGGAUUUCGAACUAAACCAGACCACAAUUUAUAACCACUUGAUCGUCUAAAUUUGGGGAUCUCAUCAACAACUGUUACAUUCCUUUACCACCCAAAUGGUAGUUGGGUAGUUUUGUGUUGUAAUGUCAUUUGUCUUAUUUACGAACCCAAUCAUCUACUUGAGCGUGAAAACCAAGAGUCAGUUGGAAGCUUUUAUUAGCCAACCCGAAUCAAUAUAAAUACACAAACUCAGUCAUUAAUGUAUGUAUGGCCCUCUGUUUGUUAAAUCAGAUUUUCGAUCGAUAGCAUCUGUCUCCAUCGGUUAAUUAAACCAAAUCUUGACAAGUGGCAUGAACCCGUCAAAAUUUCCCACUUAUCAUUUGCCAUUAAAAACACAUAUUUUUUGACUUAGUCUAUCACUUGUACUUCCUUGCAUUCUAAACUGAAAUAAGCGGAACGACUUUCGGAUCUGUGACCAAGUUGAAUACUUUAAACACUGAACCAGUAACCUCGUGCUACUUUAUUCUUCACAGUUAUGGCAAAUAUUAAUCGUAUGCUAAGAGAAAAGUAUCGUCACUUUCCGAAACUUCAUAUCUGUUUUCUUAAUAAGUUUUAGUGUGUCAGAUUAAACUGUUUGAAUAUUUCCUCUGCAUCUGCCCUUUUAAUCUUUUCGCGUUAUUAGAAAGGCAGAAUUGUAGAUUGUGAUAAGUAGUAAUUUUAGAAAACAUUUUAAAACAGAUGUGAUCGUUUUAAGAACUAAAUUAAUUCUCUUUAAACCACUAGGAAUGUUUAAACCAGGUGGCUGGAAACGUUGCGGCUUUGGUGGUGUUGCUGGGUUUGCUGUUGGUGCGAUCGCUGUUACUGUUACAAGCUGGUCUAGAAUAAAACAUAUGCUUGGCGGAUAAGUGACACUAAUGUAAUUUUAAUUAUGUACAUUGACAUUUUAUCUAGUACCCGAAAAAAUUACUUUUUAAAUAUAUCUUGAAUUGUU